AAGAAACGGAAACACCCGAAGUGGAUGCAGUGCGAAACAUCACGUAGCUGGUGUUGCUAGGCGGUCUGUUAAAGAACGAUGGAAGGGAAAAAUUAAGAAGGAGGGGAGUGUUUAUAUAAAAGACGCGUCAUCAUUGGUCGACAAAUCAGUUGUAUCGGUCUAAAGCAUGAUGUAAGUAGAGAUGUGUUGUAUUUGACGAUAUAGUGUUGCAGUUUCCAGUGAAAGUUAAAGAGAAAGGAUAGUUACGAUUGUACUGAUAUUUAUAUUUAAAUAAUUAAAAAGAGUGAUUUUGUCGGCUUUAUAAAAAUUGUUGAAUUAUUAUUAGUGAAAAUAUAAUAUUGAAGCAUUGAAUACAUUCAUAGUAUUGAAGAAAUAAUAUAGUGUAUUUAUAUUGUGUAUUUCAAGAAGGUCAUUGUGACAUUAACCGUAUCCUGUGCUAUUUGUGUAUGUGUAAUAUCUUUCGACAUGGAAGUUUUACCAUGUCCUGUAAAUGUGAAUUUUAGUAACACGAGAGUUGGAACAGCUGAAGAAUUUGAUGGAGCCUGCCAGGCUCUAGCAAAACGAUUGGAAGUUGAAUUAAGAAGAGCGAAGCAUGUACAGUUAGCAUGUGGCGAAGUUUUGUUACCUGCUGAUCUUUUGCCAAGAAUAGCUAAAAAUGUACUUAGCAUGGCUGAAAAUGAACCUUGUGGUCUUAGAGGAUGUACAUUGUUUAUUAGUUUUGAAACGGACAAUGUAUGUAGAAAACUAUCAAAAAUACAAUGUGAUCCUAAUACAGUAUCUACUUUUGAACUUUAUUUAACUUUGAAACAAGAUCAUACAUCUUGGCAUAUUCUGUUACCUCAGUUUCUAAAAAAUCUUACACGAGGAGGUACUAUUAUGAUCAGUAGAGAUUUUACUUUGGAGAAAAAAAAAUUAUAUAGAUCAUAUCAACAAGUGUAAUGAAUAAGAUCUGAGAAUCAUUGAUUAAUUUUCUUGAUAAACAUGAUUAUUCUAAGCUCUUCUAACUAUAGGUGGGCUCCAACAUGGCUAUUUUUAUUUUCCGAAGAUGGAUUUUUGUGAUUUACAUUUAUUUUACAAUAUAUUUGAUUUAAAGGUAACCAAAAUAAUCAGAAAAAUAAAAAUAAUAAAAAGAAGAUAAACAUGUGAGAUACAAGAUAGAACGAGAAGGGGCGAAAUUUAUGGGUUUUAACAAUUGUGAUAGUAAAAAAAAUUGUAAUACUAUUAAGUCUGGAAAGUUUCUUUACGUGAUAUCUAGAUCUUAUAUUGCCUAACAUUCGUAACUCAGUUUGAAUAGUGUUUUUUUAAAAAUAUAAACAUAUCUGAUCAAAUGAUAUUAUAGAUUAAAAUAUAUUUCUUUAAAUAUAUGUUGAUAUAUUUUGUAAAUUAAUUUUAAAAACAUUAGAUAAAAAUUUCUAGAUUCUCGUAAAGAGACAUUUUUUCAUAAGAGAUAUAUCUUCAUUCAAAGAAGAAAUGACUCGUCAUAUAAGACUUGUAAUAAUAAUUUUCCUGCAUUUAUACGUAAUAAUGCGGUAAAAUUUAAAUCAAGUUUUGCUAGCAAGAAUUAUUAUUCUUGCUGAAUGAUAAAACUAGUAGUAGUAGUAGAAAUAAUGUAUACAUGUGUUAUAUACUUAUAAGCUUCAAAAAUACCAAUGGAUAUCUAAAGUAAUUUCGUUUGAUACAAAUUUUGUAUAUUUUUCUUCUGCGACAUCCUUUUUUUUAUAUAUCGAUUAUUAAUCGAUAUAUAUCUAUAUAAUUUUACCCACUUAUAAUAAGUGGAUAUAGUUAUAUUCAUUUCUUUAUUUAUCUACACAUAUACACAUAUAUAUUCAAUCCUACUGAAAUUUUUUUUUUCCUCUAAAAAAAAUUAUAAUAAUCUUAGGUAUUGAUUGGUAUUAAUCUUGUGAUAUUAAUAAAAAGAAAAAAAAUCGCAAUUUACAAAAUACAAAUCUACAAUUUCAAAGAUUGCAACAUUUAUAAAAUUAUAUAUAAUAUAUAUAAUAUCUAUAAUAUUAAGAAGAAUAAUUUGUUUAAUUAUCAUAUAAUUCAUUGUCAUCAUUUUGUAUAAUCAUGUUAUUGACUAGUUAUAUUUUAAUUUCGAAAUUUAAAAUAAUUUAAAGACAAAAAAAAAUAUAGAAUAAUCACGCGUAUAACUUUAUAAGACUGAUCAGCGUUAGAAUUUUUCAGACAAUGUUUAUACGCGUUCAAAAACAAUUGAAAUGAUAAAAAUUGAAUAUUGAAUCACACAUCGAAUACGUUAUAAUUUGAAAAAAUAGAUUAUGUUUAUACGAGUUUCGUAAAUUAAAAAAUAAUUAUAAAAAAUACGAUUUUUUUGCAUUUGCUAAGAUAACAACAAAAACCAAGAAAAAAAGAAAGAAUGCACGAUGUUCGUGAUUCAUUUUAUUAUAUAGGAGUAUUCAGAGUAUAAAAUGCGGUUAUAUAUUUUUUGUACUUCGUUAAGGACAGAAGUAUAACA